AACUUUUCUCCAGCUUCCUCAGCAAAGAGACCACCCGCACAACGUCCCAGCCAUCAGUCCCGCGCCAUGGUGACAGCCAGGCUAUCCCCGACAGCAAACUUGCUGCGGAAGUCUCGCGUGUUUGCACUUCCGCAGGCCUUGGCUCCGCCUCAAGAACGACCAACUUCGAGGCAGGUCUUUGAAUCCGAUUCCGCAACCCUUCCUCACCCAAUUCGAGCGGCCAUUGUCACACCUUCAUCUUCUCUUCUGAAGGGUGACUGGGGUUUGAAGAGACCCUUGCCGGCAAAGACAACGUCCGCUAGAUCCUCACGGCCUGUGGUUCGACUCAAUGCUUUAGACACCUUUGAACAUACCACGGAUUUCGAAUCAGCGGCGGAUCAUACGGUGACCUUGGAGAAGUUUCAAGAGCUCCAUUUGCCGAUGUCCCUUCCUGAGAAAGUCAGCUACUCCAGCAACAUGGCUCCUCGGCACUCGAGUCCUUUCGAAGCCCGUUUGGACAACACCGAAAAAAGCAACGGCCUCAGAGACCCGGCCGCCAAAAAGUUCCGGCAUUCUGGACCAUACCUCGCCAGUCAGACGGAGGCGGAGUUCCAGGCCUACUUGGAUACUGUGCGCAGGGACAAGCCGAAGAUCAUGAAAAAGUUGCGCAGUUAUUUCCUCGCAAAGAAAAAGGCCGAGCGAAGAAAGCAGGCACAGGAUAGCGGAGAUUUUGCGGGCAUCGAUGAACCCUUCGUAUUUGAUGCGGAAGAGUUCCAGGCAUAUGUCAAGUCGCUGCGUACGGAUCCAUUCAGCCUAGGCCCAGUGAUCUUCCAAAUCCUGGAUCUCCCACCACCUCCUAUGAUACCUUCCGACCUGAUUGGAAAGACCUAUUACCUACCUCCUGCCCCCCAACUGUCUGCUCCUGAGUAUGUUGCGUCCGGACCUCCGAAGACGCACCCCUCCGCAGGAUUAUCCUACACCAGGUCUCACGCCUUGGUCUACAACCAUCCCAGAUUUGGACCUCAGACUUAUCAACGUCCUGUUGAGGCACGUGUCUUGCGUCCCAAGGGCAGGUUCAAGAACAAGGGAGGAAAUGCGGUUGGCGGUGUUGCUGGUAUCGUUGUGGAAGAUCUCAACGCCAUGGCCUUCACUGAAUAUGACGGGCCAGCUGGCAUUGAUCAAUUUGACGUCUCCAUCCCUGGUGGUGCCAAGUACUGGGUCAACCCUAUUCGGGCUUCCAUUAAUUCACACGGUCGCAUUGAUUUGGCUAGUUACCGCGCUACCGUUACGUCUAGAGCCCCAUACGGAAUCACAGAGUACCAGAAGCCGAGAAUAAUGAAGGCGCCCCGUUACGUCGCUCAUAGUGGCCAGCGGCAGGUGCCGAGGUUGGAUAGAGCUCGCCCCCAGACCGGCACAUUCUCGGCGUCGGAGGACUUGGGCUCCCCAGCGGAUAAUCCGGAGGCUCUCGCACGGGAUCUCAUGAAGAGCUUUACCUAAGCAUGAGCGAGAGCUGUCUGAUUUAGUGAUAUUGUUUCUUUCUAUCUCGAUGGUGCAGCUUGUUUUUGCAGCUAUUGGGGAGCUGUGCGGUCUGUAUGAAUAUGCGGUUUUCUGGUCGAUGUAGAGCUACUCCUAUUCUUUCUUUCUUUUUCUGUUGUAUAAGCACAUUGCAGUCCAUACAUAGUAGCAGUUUCACCUGUUGCCAAACCAUUCUCAAGUUCUGAAACGCUCCCCUGGUCCCCAGUUAACUCGUAAUGGCUCCUUUGACU